AUGCAAUUACAAAUUACUCUUUUCCUUAUUCUUUUUGACUUAGUAGCAAUAUCAGAUAGUGUUUACACUGCCUUAUUACCUUAUUUUUCACCAGUGGCAUCAUAAAAAGGAUUUACUGAGACUGAAAUUGGUAUCAUGCUUGCAUUUUAUCCUAUUGGAAGUGUUAUUGCUACACCUUUUGUUUCUAUGUGUAGUUCUAAAAGAAAAGCUAUAUUGAUUGGAUUGAUUUAGAGUUCUAUAGCAACAAUUGGAAUGGGUGUGUCUAAAUUUUCGGAAGGUGGUCUAUUUUUUGCGUUAUCAUGCAUUUUUCGAUUAAUCAUAGGAUCUGUAUUAUAAUUUAACUAUAUCAAUAGGGAGCUUCUUUUUUACUCAUCCCAUCAUAUGCAGCAUUACCAAUAUUAUUUAAAGAAGAUGUGACUUAAAAGAUUGCAGUAUUAGAAAUGGGUCAUUGUGCAGGUAGACUAACAAGUACAGGAUUCUUCACAAUGAUUGCUUAACUUAUUUCAUUUGAUACUUAUUAAUUACCAUGUUAUGGAUUAGCAACAAUAUAUGUGAUCAGUUUUUUGGUUACAUACAAGUAUUUUUAUCUACCUGAAGUACCAGAAGGAAUUUCUCCAAAGAAAAAACAAAAUGAAUAGCGUAGACCUUCAAUUAAUCAAAAUAAUCCAAUCAAUAUUAUCACAAAAACUUAAACAAUUACUCCAAUUGAAGUUAUUGUUUAAAAUGAUAAUUCUUUAAUUCAAUAAAAUGAAGAUUUAAAUUAGUCUUAGUAAUAACUCAAACCGAAUGAAAUAUUAAAUUAGUCAGUUUAAAAUGUAGAUAAUAUGGAAGGGUAGCUUUAGAGACAUGACACAACUAUGCAAACUUUGGAAGUACCUCAAAUCAAUGGAAUGAGAAAAAGCAGUUCUAGUGGAGGAGAAGAUAGAUCAUGUGAGGAGGACUCUCUUAAUGUUAAAAAGGCAAUUAACAAAUGGUAAACUUAAAUAAGGUAGAUUAUUAAACAAAAAAGGGAAGGAAAAUAAAUAGCUAUUCCAGAUUCUCCUAAGAUAAAUAAUAGUUAAUAGAUAAAUCAUAUUAAUCUUUUUGAAAGUGGUAAUAAAAUGCAAAAUAGCACUCAAUUAGAGGUUCUUCAAGAAUAGGAAGAAAUUACAGAAGAGGAUGGUAAAUUAGAAGUUAAAGAUUAUAUUGAUAUUUUUAAAAACAAGUCAUUACAAGUAACUUUUAUCUUUUUCUUUUGGCUUUCUGCUCUUGAGAAUGGAUUAAGACCCUUUUUGGUAAUUUAUAUAAUAAUAAUAAAUAGGCUAAUGAAUUAGGAGUUUUUUAUGGUCUUACAGAGUAUAAUAUCUCUUAUCUCUUUAUGAUUCCUAUUUUCACCUACUUAUUAUCUGCAAUCUUGGUUGCUCGUUAAACUUAUUUCUAAGAAUAAACUCUUUUUAAAAUAGGAAUGUGGAUCUUGGGAAUAAGUUUCUUUUUCUAUUGUCCUACAGUAUUUAAGUUACCACAUUCUAUAGGUUUUAUUCUAUUUGGAGAAUUUAUUAGAGGAAUAAGUUUAGGUAUUGGUUGUGCACUCUUUAUACCAAAUAUAAGUGAUUCCUGUAUAGACAAAGUUGGAAUAUGCAAAGCAAAUUUGAUAGGAGCAAAUCUAUAUUAAUUUGGUUGGUCUUUAGGUGAUAUAUUUGGUCCAAUUAUUUGUGGAGCUUUUGUUGAGAAAAUUGGAUAUGAAAUGACAACUUUAUGCUCUGGAUUUGUAAUCAUUGUCUUUACUAUAAUCUAUUUAAUUUUCAGAAAAAAUAAAAGUCGUAAUGUUUAAGUCAUUUCCACUCAAAAUAUAAGUAAAAAAGUGUCACAAGAUAAUAAUGCUUGA